GAGGAGGAGUUAAAUUCAGUUUAAAGGGAAAUAAAGCCACUCCUGAAAUCUUUGAUACGACAUUAUGUCAUAUGUGAUACAGCAACGAGAAAAACGACUAACUUUGAUAUAGGCUACACGUAGCGUAGAAAAUGUUGAACACGGGCGGUGUGCGUCCCUCUGCUGCGUCCUCCCGGCGGGAAGGAAGAGGACCGAGAAAGAUCCGUGUGUAUGACUGCCGCGUUGACAACAAGAAAGUUACUGGGACCGAGCUGAACACAAGUGGUUUGAACUACAAUACCUUUCUUCAAAUUCUGCACAAGGAAUUUGCAAUCCGUUCACAUGAAAUAUUUGUGCUGGCCACAACCGACAGAACUGUCCUGGACUUUGACAAAUAUGAGAAGCUUCAGGAUGGCAGUACCCUCUACUUGCUGCAGAGGGAGGACCAAGCUCUUCCAGUGGCAACGGAAGAGCACAUCAUGUUUACGCCUCAUUUUGAUACGUUGAUCCAGUGUGGGACAUAUGAGUACUACUCUAGUGAGGGACAGAAUUCAUUACCUUAUGCAAUUGCUGAGUUGAUUGACAAUGCUCUGUCGGCUACAGCUAAAAAAACAGGAACGAGGACAAUAGAGUUACGAAUGCUCUUUGAUGAAAGUCUUGGGAAGCCUGCAGUGAUCGUCUUAGAUAAUGGAUGCGGGAUGACGUCUAAGCAGCUCAAUAACUGGGCAGUGUACAGACUCUCUAAAUUUACCAGGGAAAACAGCUCAUUUGCAAGUAAGCAAGAGGGGUAUGUUCGGCCUGUUCCUGUCCCUCGUAGUCUCAACAGUGAUAUAUCCUACUUUGGAGUUGGAGGAAAACAGGCUGUUUUCUUCAUUGGAGACUCAACCAGGAUGAUCAGCAAAGCAGUGGGCUCCCCAGAUGUUCAUGAGCUGAUUCUGUCUAAAGAGGAAUUUGAGAGAAAAGAGAAGAACAAAGAAGAUGUGUACCGUGGGACCAUCAGAAACAGGAAGCCCGGUGACUCUUCACAUGUGCGUGAAAACGAUCAGCGUUUCCUCCACGAAUUAAUUUCUGAGGAACCUGGGAAGCAAAGCUUCACAGCCGUGGUCAUUACAGGAAUCAAGUCUGAGCAUAUCACCUUUUUGAAAGAGGAUUUCGCAAAGUGGACCAGAGAGUUGGCUCACAUAUAUCAUUAUUACAUCCAUGGAGUCAAUGGAAAUGACAUGAGUCGCAAAUCUACAAACUCAGAUCAUCUCCCUAAAAUUGACAUUCAGGUCACCUUGCGGGAGAAGUCUAACAGAUGUCCCCGUGUGAUGAAUCUCAGGGAAGUUGACGAUGACAUGCAGACUCUGUACAUAAAUGCUACUGCAGACACGUUUGAGUUUAAGGCCACCACUGGACAAGACAGAGGCACGGUGGAGGGACUAAUUCGAUAUCAUCCCUUCCUUUACGACAGGGAGACUUUCCCUCCUGACCCAUAUGUUGUGCAAGCACCUGCUAAUGAUGAAGAUGAGUCUGGAGUCCAGCAUCAGGCAAGAGGAAAGAGGCCGAUCUUUGAGUGUUUCUGGAAUGGACGGCUCAUACCUUACGCCAAAAUUGAUGAGUUUCAGUGGUGUACUCAGAAAGGAAACGAUGUGCCCGAUGAGUGUUACAGUCGGUUUUCGGGGGUGCUUUUCACUGAUGACAGAUUCCAGGUCACCACGAACAAGCUCACCUUUAUGGACCUGGAGAUGAAAGUGAAGAGCAAGGACACUAUCUUCACACGUGUCGUUAAUGGACAGGCACAAAGAAGUAUCAUUGAGAAGGACUUCAGGAAGUGGCUCCAAAACUGUCACAAGAAAUGGGACAAGCAAGUGAAGUUCCUGGGCUUCAGGGAGAUCAUAACACGAAAAGACUUGGCCACUAAGAAAAUGCAGCACCCCUGGGCGACAUUUUCCUCCAUCGAAUUGGACGGCAAAUUAUACAAAACAGACCAACUUGUGAAGUCUCAGAAAACAAACCCCAUUCAUCAUGGUACUGUGGUUCGGUUUUUGCUGUACGGAGAGCAUAAGAGCGAUGUCUUUGCCACAGGAGGACAAGUUGAAGUGUGUUUGGAACCCAAAGCACUUUAUGCCAUGACCAAGAUCAUACCCAUUUCCAAGAUCGACAGGACCGUCACUGAUGCCGCCAUCAAGAAAAACAUUGAAAAUGACUUCGCCAAGCUUCCAGAUAAACUAAAAGUGGACUGGCCAGACGGUAACCCCUGGCCCCAGAAUGCUGUCCGUCCAGCUGGGAUGCCGUUAGGGGCGCUCAGAAUCGAAAUUCUGAACAAGAAGGGAGAGUCAAUAUCCAGGAUGCCAACAGUGGGCCAGUCGACAGUGAUAAAGCUGUGUAUUGAGCUGAAAGUAGUUCAGCAUGGUCCUAAAACAAAUGCAGAUGUUAUCAGUUUUGUGGCCCAGCAUUCACCAAAGUGGGGUUUCUGGUUCAGAAAAAUUGAGAAUCUGAUCAAACCAGGGAGGUAUACACUGUUUCUCAGCACCAUAAUAAGUGAAAGUAAUGCCACCAUCUUUGGAGGCAGAAACCUCCCAAGCUACGAACUCAAUUUCACCAUCAAAGAGGGAAAUGCUGAGAGUUUUGUUACGGGUACAGUGAGCUCCACUCUUCACGUAGGGACUCCAUUUGACAUUCCUCUGCACUUAAAAGAUCAAUAUGGCAACUUGACAAUGGGUCUUCCUGAUCUCCAGCCUGUACUUAAAUGCAGUGACCUGGAUCUGAGCUAUGAUGCAGUGAACAGCAGCGGAACCACAUAUAUCAUAAAAGGCGUCAAAGCAAGAGGAAAAGUCCUGAAUUACCAACAAUCAAAGACACAUGAGCUGAAAGUGAUCCUGCCUGGCCUGAAAAAAGACACGCAGACUAUCAAGAUCAGUCUCCUCCCUGGUAAUCCACAUUCCCUCCAUGUGAUGACGGAAAACAACCCAGUCAUAGUAGAGAAUCGAAACCCGGUCAAGUUUAAUGUUGAAAUUCGUGAUGAGGCUGGAAACAUCACUGCUCACCCCAGACAGACGGUUCACUGCAAGGUCCAGGGCCUUCCACCAGCAGUAGUUGACUGCAGCAGCACAGGAGCUGGACAGCUUUUGACAAAGCCCAUAAACCUGAAUAUAAUCAAGGGAGAACCACAAACACUCAAAGUUCAAUUUGAGGUGCCUAGUCAGAAGAGCAUAGCAUUAGUUGUGAGGGAGCUGAAGGUGAUGCCCAGCACAAGAGUCUCCCUGAUAAAGAUAUACAGUCGAGACGACAAGAAUCUGGUGCUGAGGAACAAUGAAAGGGUAGAAUGGCUGGCCGGAGGGUCACUGGAGGGUCUGUUCUAUAAGCUGUAUGACGAGGCUUACAGAGCCGUGCCCCUCACUGCUGAAAUGGCUUCUAAGAUCAAGGUUAAUUGGAAAAGCGAGGUAGAUCUGAAAUAUUUGGUGCAGGGGAAACUGCCUGAUAUAAUGGUCCCAACGCAGGUGCAUGAACAACGCUUCUUCCAGGUGUCCUACCAAGACCAGAGUGUGUCUGUCUCCUUUACUAUAAUACCUCGUCCAAAUGAACCACAUCGGCUAAAAGCAACUCUGCCCCAAAGCGCAGUGAAGCUGGGUGAAACUCUCUCUGAAAACAUCAACUUGGAGCUUGUGGACCGGUUUGACAAUGAAACCAAGAGGCUAACCUCCAUCUGUGUAAACCACAUGACAGUGGAAGCUGAGGGGCUGGAUAAAUCAGCCAUCACCUUUAUAUGGCAGGAGGGGAAUAGUUCUGUCAAGGUGACAGGAAUACGUUUCCAGUGUGGGACUCCUGGCUGGAGAGAGAUGUGCUUCACCUACCAGAAAUAUGUGGCGUGUGUCAAGGUGGAAGUGACCGCUGGAAACCCUGCACAGCUUCAACUAGUCAGUGGGCCAGAGCUGCCUUUGCAGGUGUUAAAUGGCCACGGCAUCCCCACGCCGUUUCUUAUCCAACUCUCUGACGAGUGGGGAAACCCGUCUUCAGACCAGAGGGUUGUGGUGGAAUUGUGGCCCUCACCACCAGCACUGAAGGUGACGGCAGCAGUUACUUCACAACCAGUGAACUUAGAAGGGAAAGCCCCUUUCACUGUUACUAGUGUAAACGGACCAAAGGGGUACUAUCAGCUGGAGUUUAAAGGUUCCUUCAAUAACAAACCCAUCCCUGGUCCAUCUGUGAAUCUCACCGUUUUACCUGAUCCCAACAAACCUGUCAGCCUGUCAGUGAAGUAUGACACCACUGCCAUGUUUCCAGCAGGAGGCUUAUUCCCAGUCUUCUCUGUCACUGUGGUGUCUGAUGAAGGAAGCCCAAUGACAACUUUUAACCCAGCUGCUGCAUCCAUGUGGCUGUGGGAGGGAGUGCCGUUAGGGAAAAUUCCUCCACAAACAGCCACCCCGCUGGUGUGUAGUAAACCCAUGGAGAAUGAAAGGAAAGACUGUUUUCACUUUAGAGAUAAAGAAAUCCCAGAGCGUGCUGGGAAACACAUUGUCCAGUUUUCUCUGCGCAUCGACGCAACAAACUACCUGUACAGUAAUCAGAUUACUCUAAAUGUGGUAGCCAAUCAGCCUGUCAAACUGGCACCCGACUCCCAGCCACCAGCCCCAGUCGUUUCCUGCUGCACGGACAUUGCUAACCGAACCUUGGUGGAGAACAUGACUCUGAGGAUAAUGGACUCGUAUGGAAACCCAGCAGGGCAGGACCUGGGCGGGCAGGUGGUUGUUUCUAUAACAAGCUCUGGCAACAAAAACCUGCCUCUGUUUGAAGGCAAAAGGAGGACACAUUGUAUUAGCUUGGCAGAGGGACAGGCCCACAUCACUAGGUUGGCUAUCAUGGAGAACAGUCCUGGUGAGGAUGGCAGUGCAUACACCCUCUGCUUCCAACCUCAAGUGUCAAUGCUUCCUCAGACCCUGUCUCCCUUUGAGCUCACCUUCCAUUUUUACAAUGAUGCAUUGAGCCAACUGAAAAUGAGUGAGAUGUUAAAGAAGAAAACUGACCUCGAGGUUAUUGUUGCUGCACAAAAUGACUUUUUUUCUGAUAACAAGCAACUCCUCACUUUGCUAACAGAUCAAUACCUGACUGCAAAUAUCAAAGAGACUGAAGUUAGAAAUGUGCUGAGUAACAGGAAAAUAGCACAACCUUUAUCUAUCCCAGACAUCGACAAACUCCUAAAAGAGAAGAAUAUAGAAGCUGAUAGGAUUCUGAAAAUGCCCAGAAGAGUCUACUCCAUCCGUGACAACUUCAGGGGGCAGCAGGAUGUUUUGGGAAUGGUUGGCCACUUGGCUUAUGUGCAGGAUGACGCUGCUGCGAGAGUCAUCUCCUGGUUCAUCAGGGGUGACAUGGAUUGUGUCAUCACCAGAACAUCAGAAGCAGCACGGAGAAUCCAUAGAGACACCCAGGGAAGGCAGCAGGUCAUGCCCCUGGACAGCAUUUAUGUGCAACCACAAAACAGGCCGCUGCCACACAUGAGAAAUGGCAACAUGCUCUUUGAUCCCCCUGGGAACCCGGUCCAUGCCAGAGACCUCCUAAUUUACCCCAACAACCAGGAGUGCUGUGACAAAGUGUUUAAAAACAUCCUUGGAGAGACUCUUCUGAUUGAUGACUUGGAGUCUGCCAACAACUACAGACGGAUGGUGGUGCAGAACAACAUGCAUUGUCCCACCAUACUGACCCGGGAGGGAGACUGUAUCAGUGCCAAGGGCAAGUUCGGAGGCAAACAGAACAAAGCCCCACCAACUGGCGCAUUAAAAAUGUUUGGAGCCCCCAUCCCCCAGCCUUACUACGCUGUUAAAGAACAAAUAGAUCUGCUCAGUCGGUACCGGGCAGCUGUGGAAAAGAGAGAGAAGGCAGAAAAGGACCGUGAGGACCACUUACAAGACAUGAAGUCUCCUCAAAUGAAGAAAAAACAAGAAGAUAUGAGGGAGAAAAUUAUGCAGCUGGAGGCUCUUGAAAGACAUCUUGCGUCUAAAUCAAUGAAACGGGGUCUGGAGGAUGCUGGUGAGCCUUCUGGCAUCAUUACAAAAAGAGUAAAAUAGAAAUCCACAAAAGAGGAUUAGUCAAACCUGAACCAAACCUUUUUAUUAACUAUUUUAUUACUUUCAUUUCAUUUUGGAAUUUUUAAGUUUAAAUUUUUUUAUUUGUUUUCUUAUGUUUUAAGUCUUUUCUUAUAAUCAACACUGCUCAUACAAUUAUGUGCAUGGCAUGAUGUAUCUUAAAAAAAUAUUUGGAUUCUGUGUAUGUAAAAAUAAAUAUGUAAUAAAACCUA